AGGAAAAUAUAUUGGCCAGCCGAUAAAAAUUUUUUUGCAUAUUUUUAAAGAAAAAUUAAUAAAAAUAUCUGUAAAAAAGUAAAGAAAAAAAGAAAAACAACAUUUCCAAUACAACUUUAAACUAAUAUUAAGAAAAAAACAUGGGAGGAGUAUUAAGUUAUUUUCGUGGUUUACUGGGUUCACGUGAAAUGCGUAUAUUGAUAUUGGGUCUAGAUGGUGCUGGCAAAACAACAAUAUUGUAUAGACUACAAGUGGGGGAAGUGGUGACCACUAUACCAACGAUUGGCUUUAAUGUGGAACAGGUGACAUAUAAAAAUUUGAAAUUCCAAGUAUGGGAUUUGGGUGGACAGACAAGUAUAAGACCCUACUGGCGUUGUUAUUAUAGCAAUACAGAUGCUAUAAUUUAUGUGGUAGAUUCUGCAGAUCGUGAUAGAAUAGGCAUUUCCAAAGAUGAGCUUUUAUACAUGUUAAGGGAGGAAGAACUUGCCGGUGCCGUUUUGGUAGUAUUAGCCAAUAAACAAGAUAUGGAAGGCUGUAUGACUGUUGCCGAAGUCCAUCAUGCUUUAGGUUUGGAAAAUCUAAAAAAUCGUACUUUCCAAAUUUUCAAAACAUCUGCGACUAAGGGUGAAGGCCUUGAUCAAGCUAUGGACUGGCUUUCCAAUACUCUACAAAGUCGUAAAUAGUCGUAUUUACUUAACCUCUACUACAUCUCUUUUCCUCCCAUAUAGUUCCCCUCUCCAAAAUGAAUGAAAGCAAAACAAACCUAUUUCUUUCGUAUUCAAUUAUGUCAAAGAAAAAAAAUUAUUUUGUUUAAUUUUUGUACUCCUGUACAACCUAACGAUUCCUUCUACAUUUUUUUGUUUGUAAUUUUAAGUAAUUAUAAAUAUGCAAUUAAAAAACAACAACAAAAUCAUAAACAAGUUUAUAAUAAAAACCUG